AUGACAGAAUCACAAACAGGACACACGUCUUCCUCUAAACCCACACACCUAAUCUACUAUCAUUCUAACACUGAAUUUGAACCGCCUCUGAAAUCAGCAGAAUCAUCCAUCCUCUCUGCAACCACCAUCAGAGAACUCCGUUGUCACGUAAGGUUUCUAAUUUCCUCAGUUCCAGAAGGUCCACAACGACCAAUCGACGGUGCAUUAAAAGUCGCCGAAAUAAUCGCGUUAGGUAUCGAAACUCUCGAGAAACACGGGAUCAGAUAUGUGCCGGGUUCUUUACCGGAACAAAUCGGGAUUCUUGAUACUUUUCAGAAUAAGAUGGCUAUUUCUGUCCAAAAAGAUGAUGGCGAAAAUACUUUUUAUGAAAAGAUCUACGGGAACGUGAUCGAUGAUUCUUCAAUACCAAAAAAGAAUAAGAAUAAGAAUAAAAAAUCGUAUUAUAGUAUGGAUGUCGAUGAGACUUGUGCUAGAACGCGUUGUGAUAAAACGAGUUUAGUUUCUGAGCGUUGUAUUAGCGAGAUGAAUGGACAUAAUCCUUUUAUUGAGAUUAUACAUUCGGAAGAAUUUCUUGCUACGAAGAAAGAGUGGAAAUUUAAAGAGAAAAACGUGCAAGAUACGAGAGCAAAGCACCGAGGGGAAGCGGAGAAAGAAAAACAGCAAAAAUUCAAUAACCACAUCGGUGAUUUUGGCAAUUUGAGAUCGAUUGCACCGACAAUUGAUUCAAGCAUCGAUUUAACACGAUAUAAGCAACUAAAAAAACCGGGCGAAACCGUCAAAGAUAGGCUGAUGUCUCGACCUACUGGUUGUGAAGCAAUUACCGGUAGCUUUGAAAAAGAUGAGAUAAUGUUAUUAUCACUUUCUGCCGAAAAAGAUCCAAGCGAGAAAUUACACGAAGAAAUACCUCUAUCGCCAUCACUGCAAACUGUAAUCAAACAAGAAAUCAUCGAAACACCACUCAGCUUGAAGAAUAAUAACACAUACCAUCAAAUAGUUCAAAAGGAAGUACCGAAUAUGAAUGUAUAUUGUGACGGAGGAUGUAAAGAUCCAUCGAAAUGUUUUCGUUGGUAUUCUUUUUCUGAUGUUGAUAAUGACGAUGAUUACGACUACGCUUACGCGUCCCGAACGGUGGAUAUUCAUACUACCAAGAAUAAUAAUUCUUUGGUAACCAGGGAUUUCAUGGCGUUUUCGAAACCUGUGAUUUCGAAUGGAAGCAUUCUUCCUCAUUUUCGGAGUUCAAUAAUGGCGAAAGAAGCAGGUCUUCCAAAUUGGGGAUCAAAAGCCGAUCUCGAGGAUCGGAUAAAUGAUAAUAAAAGAAGCAGUAAACUCUUUGAGUAUCUACCGUAUGCUACUACGCGAAUAACGCGAAGACAACGUGAAAAACAGGAACGAAAAAAACAAGAGGCAGCCGCCGAAUUUUUGUGUGUUAUGUCUGCCGCAAAAUGUUGUUCCGCAUCGUAUAAAGAGUAUGAUGAUAACAUUUGUAUUGUCUCGAGUCUUUUAAGAUUGAGAGAAGAUCAAAGGUACACUCAAGGCAGACACGAUGAAGAAGUUAUUCUUGAGAGUGUAUGGAACCGCCAGAUCACUGAUCCAAUUAUUGAAUUCUUCCUGCAAAUUAUCAAUGUUUUUUGUGUUCAAAAACAAUCACAGACAAAUACCACAGAAGAAAAGAAUCAACAUGAAGUAGGAAAUACGCAAACUGCAGAUAUGAAAAUGAAUUACGAUGAAAAGAUCAAUAGUAGACAUAUUUCGAUUAAAGAGACACCAAAGACUUGGACAGUGUUAAAUAAAAAAGUUUCUGUUGAAUAUUUACGGAGUAACGAUAACAAUAACAACACAAUGGUGCCAAUGACCGGUAUAAGUACUGAUGCGUAUGUUUCUAAAGGUUUCAUGGCACCUGUCAAUGAUCCUAAGGGUAAACGCGUUGCAAUUGUACCAAAACGAAAUGCCAAUAAAAGACUAUCGGAGUAUUACAAAAGCGCCGCAUACAGCAUGAACCGAUUUAGCACAGCACCACACGUACGACAAGAUAUGGCACCUAGACAGAAAUUUACACCGUGGGUGAUAUUCUCAAAACUAACGACGUUAUUUUUCUCAGAUAAAUUUCUCUCAAAGAUCGGAAAAUUGGAAAACCCACAAACACGACAAGCAUGGCGUGAAAAGGUAGCAUUAUGCCUUUGCAUUGUCUUCGUGUCGCUCGGAUUAGGUUUUAUGACAUUUGGUUUUCUUCAAGUUACUUGUACCGGAAAAUUGAACAUCUAUCGACAAGUUGUCGAGAAUAGAUUUGGUGCGGGGAAAGAUCAACGAGCAAUGAUUGUAAGAGGAAAAGUUUAUAAUGUUGGGAAUUAUUUUCAGUCUGGUUUUCAUCGACCGAUUCUUCCGUUUACUGAUGACACGUUGAAUGAUGUUAUCGUACCAAGAUACGGAAAAGAUAUUAGUGAUUUAUUUCCUUUGAACAACAAUGAUAUUGAAUGUGCGUAUACACCUGUAUAUAAUAAUGGAGCAUUAUGCGCCGGAGCACAAACUAAUAACACCAAGCUUCAUUGCCAUACUUCUCGUGGAUCUAUUGAUGCACUUGAGAGUGUCUGGAAUGGAAAUUUCGUUGCAUACGCAUGGGAAAACAUCACUGAUGUCAGUAAACGCCAAUAUUUCGUAUGGAAGCAAAAAGUGUAUGAUGUUACGGAAGUUCUCGCUAAUCCGAAUCAUUGGUUUAAUAAUAAUUCUACGCGUACAUUGCUCUCACCCUUGAUUGGAACAGACGCGACUAAGUUUCUUGCUCAGCAGAAAAAUUUGUCAUCGACAACGAAUUGUUUUGAACAUUUUCUCGUUGGAAAAGUUGAUGGUCGAGAAGUUGGCUGUAGUAUUGCUAAUUUAGUAGUGAUUUUUAUGACGGCCAUCUUUACGAUUGUCGCAACUAUCAAAUUCCUAUCGGCCACAGUUUACGAUUGGUUUAUUUCUGAAAAAAUUUCCAGGAUUUUGGCAACGCCUAAAUCAAAAGAGGAAACAAAAUAUACGAUUAUUUUGGUUCCUUGCUACUCUGAAGAUGAAGCAUCAAUGCGUGCUACAUUUGAUUCUCUUGCCGCAAGUGACUAUUCAAAUGAACAUAAAUUAUUUUUCGUAAUUUCAGACGGUAACAUUACUGGAUCCGGAAACGAAAAAUCAACUCCGCAAAUAUUAAAAGGUCUCAUAGAAGUUAAAUCCCCAAGGAUUGGUGAUCCAGAACCAAAAUCUUAUAUAGCAUUGGGUAAUGGCAAAAAACGACACAACAUGGCACAAGUUUAUGCCGGAUAUUAUAAUUAUGAGGAUCAACAGGUCCCGAUGAUUUUAGUGAAUAAAUGCGGAACACCCGAAGAACAAGAUGAACCGAAAGCAGGAAACCGAGGAAAACGCGAUACACAAUUAAUUUUGAUGCAAUUACUAACUCAUGCAUUUUUCAAUGAGAAAAUGACAGAGUUGGAAUUUGACAUAUUUGAAAAGGUUCGUCUUAUAACCAAUGGAGUCACAAUUGAUCGAUAUGAAUUGGUUGCGAUGGUGGAUUCGGAUACUUUGCUGAAGCGUGAUGCCUUGAAACGGAUGGUUGCUACCAUGGAUAAUGAUCCAAAAGUAAUCGGAGUAUGCGGUGAAACGAAAUUAUUAAACAGAUAUCAAUCGUGGGUUACAAUGAUUCAGGUCUUUGACUAUUAUAUUUCUCAUCAUUUAGGAAAGACUUUUGAAUCGAUAUUCGGACGUGUCAUAUGUCUGCCUGGAUGCUUUUGCAUGUAUCGUGUCUAUGCAACAAAAUACAACGGAUUGCGAGUUCCAAUCCUAGCAAAUCCCGAUAUUCUAAAAGCUUACUCAUCAAAUACCGUAGACACACUACACCAAAAGAAUUUAUUACUUUUAGGCGAAGAUCGGUACCUCACAACUCUAAUGCUCAAAACCUUUCCACAACGAAAAACGCUCUACUGUUCAACUGCAAUCUGUCAUACCGUGGUCCCCCACACAUUCAGUGUUCUCUUAUCCCAACGACGUCGUUGGAUCAAUGGUACCGUGCAUAAUCUAAUGGAAUUGUUGCUCGUCUCACAAUUACCCGGGAAAUUCUGUUUCUCUAUGCAAUUCGUCGUGUUCCUAGAACUGUUUAGCACUGUAACAACACCUUUUGCCGUGAUAUUUCUGGCUUAUUUGUUGGUUGGACUCGCACUGGGACAAUCUGUCGUGUUGCCGUUGUUAUAUUUCGCGGCGAUUUUGAUGCUUCAAGCGGUAUUUGUUAUGAUCACUUCGCAUAAACCGUUGUAUGUCGUCUGGUUUUUGGUGUUUUUUGCGGCGUUUCCUAUCUGGAAUUUGAUUUUGCCGGCAUAUGCAUUCUGGCAUUUCGAUGAUUUCUCUUGGGGUGCAACACGCAAAAUAGAUGGUACCGACACAGAUCACAGCGACAAUAGUUCAUUCGAUUACUUUGAUCCACGUAUAAUAAAAUGGAAAAAAUGGGAUGAAUGGAUUAGCGAUCUUCCCACAUACAGUUCUCUUUCAACCAAAACAGAAAGUGAUAAAGAGUCUUCUGUUGCUGAAGCAUUUGAAAAAUUAACCGGGGAAAAAAUAGACAAUGUUAAUAAUGACAAAAAUGUUUAA